UAUGUCGACGAACUUUUAAAGAAGCCUGGAAUAUGCAGAGAUAGCUAUAAUAAUAGUUAUAGUGUAAGUAAUGCAUGUUCAAGUAAAGAAAACAAGUCAGGAAGUGGUAGUGGGGAUUUCAACUUUUUCUUGAAGAAGCCAAGGAUAUAAUUUAAAUAAUGAUGAUUAUGACAAUGUCACUGCUAUCUUUUCCGAGAUGAAUUAAGGAAUAAUUAUUUCUGUAGAAACUGUAAUUCACAAUUUAACGCAAGGUGAAAAUUUGACAAAUGAAGUUUACAUUAAAACUAAAUCGGAAGAUUCUUUAGAAUCUGACCCGGAAAUGGAAGGAAAGAGAGUAACAGUUAGUGAAAUUGUCUAUAUAAAUAUAUUCAAGCGAUUGCUCAUUUCCUAUAAAUGCAAUUGAGUGAGAAAAGGGUGGAGAUAGUGCAGAUAAUUAAUUUGUGACUUUGAUCAUCCGGAUGCUGAAAUAUUUAAAAAAAUCGCUUAGUGUAGUCGUACAACAAAAACCUUAUUUUAAGGAUUGUGAGCUUUAUUAAAAAAAUAUUUCUGUAGUUAGUUUUAUGUUUAGUCUUAGGUAUAUAUCCGACCAAUUCUAUAGUUUUAAUACUUAUUUUAUGUAUGUUGGUACCACUGAGCAAUGUAAUGAGAGAUGGCAGCUUGAUAACCACGAAUGUACAAAUGCUAUAAAAUAUUUGAGUUAUAUAUAAGUACUCUUAAUAAUAAAGAUACAAAUUUAAGGAAUAAUAACACUAACGAAAAGAACAGUAAAUUGAUUUGGAGGCAGACCGCAAACAAAACUAAGAUUGGUUCACAUUCAAACUUUGGUGACCGUAUAUUAACCAUUUAUUCCAAAAGUUUCCAUGGUUGUAACAAAACCCCUAUACUUUUUAUGUGGUUUUAACUAACCUACAUGUACAUGUAUUGAGGUUAUACGUGUUUUAUUAUUGUUAAUAUAAUGGUUAUCAAUACAUUUGUUUACUAUUUUAAUUGAUAAAAUUAAGAACACAAUAAUACAGGAAAGGUUAUUAACAGAGAAAUGGAUAUCCAAAAUCUUGAAGAAGAAACUGAUAUCCACGAUAAUUUUUCAUCAAGUAUCGAUAUAAAACAAGAAUUAAUUGACGAAGUACCUACAAUAGAAAUUCAAAAUAGAAAUGAACAAGUAAAUACAAUUCACUCGAUCAAACAAGAAAUCAACGAUGACUUGAAUACAACUGAGAUAUUUGAUAAUAAUGUGGAUGUACUUAAUAAAACAAUAAGGAACAUUUCGAGUACUCAAUUCAAACUAAACAAACCGGGAUAUUCGGAAGCUACCCAUAGAAAGGGAAUUAAAUUAAAAGUUACAGGACUGAUAAGAGAUUGGAAACAUUUGCAACCAAAUUCUAUGGGGUUAAUGAUAUGUGUAUAUUGUGGGAAUUUAUAUACAAAACAAGAAGAAUUGUUAUACCACUUGGCAAUAAAUCAUUGUAUAAAAGGAAACAAAUUUUCCAAGAUUAGAAUGCACCAUAAAACUAAAAGUAAUACAUGUAUUGUGGGAAAUAUUAAUAUUAAAGAUGAAAUUGAAGUGAUUGAACAUAAAUUGAAAGUAGAGCUGCAGGACACCUUAAACCAGUUGGAUGUUAUCAAUAAUUCAAACUCAAAUUUACAUAAGCGUUUGAAAUCAAUUCAAACCAAAUCAAACAUGCAUUUACAUACUUACACAAGGACUAAACCAUUCAAAUGUGAUAUUGGUAGGAGCCUCUUCUCUUAUAAAAGUAAUUCAAACAUAAAAAUGCAUAAUCACCCAGGAGAAAAGCCCUUCAGAUGUGACAUUUGUUCUAAAACUUUUUCACAGAGAAGUGGUUUGAAGAGACAUUUGUAUAAUCAUACAGGAGAAAAAUCAUUCAAAUGUGAUAUUUGUUCUAAAAGUUUUUCACAGUCAAGUGAUUUGAAGUCACAUUUGCGCAGUCAUACAGGAGAGAAGCCAUUCAAAUGCGAAGUUUGUUUUAAAACUUUUUCACGUAGGAAUGGUUUGAAAAUACAUUCGUAUACUCAUACGGGAGAAAAGCCAUUCAAAUGUGACAUUUGUUUUAAAACUUUUCCACAGUCAAGUGAUUUAAAGAAACAUUUGCGUAACCAUACAGGAGAAAAGCCAUUCAAAUGUGAUAUUUGUUUGAAACCAUUUUCACGGAAAAUUAAUUUGAAGACACAUUUAUGUAGUCAUACAGGAACAAAACCAUUCAAAUGUGACAUUUGCUUAAAAACUUUUUCAGAUAAGAGUAUUUUGAAGAGACAUUUGCAUAGUCAUACAGGAGAGAAGCCAUUCAAAUGUGAUAUUUGUUUGAAAACAUUUACAUGGAAAAUAAAUUUAAAAAGACAUUUUCAUAGUCAUACAGCAGAAAAGCCAUUCAAAUGUGACAUUUGUUUGAAAACUUUUUCAGAUACAAGUCAUUUGAAGGCACAUUUGCGUAUCCAUACAGGAGAAAAGCCUUUCAAAUGUGAUGUUUGUUUGAAAACUUUUUCAGAAAAGAGCGGAUUGAAGAGACAUUUGCGUACUCAUACAGGAGAAAAACCAUUCAAAUGUGAUAUUUGUUUGAAACCAUUUUCACAGAAAAUUCUUUUGAAGACGCAUUUGCAUAGUCACACAGGAGAAAAACCAUUCAAAUGUGACGUUUGUUUCAAAACUUUUUCAGACAGAAGUAAUUUGAAGAGACAUUUGCCUAGUCAUACAAGAGAAAAGCCAUUCAAAUGUGAUAUUUGUUUUACAACUUUUUUACAGUCCAUUGAUUUCAAUGCACAUUUGUGUAUUCAUACAGGAGAAAAGCCAUUUAAAUGUGACAUUUGUUUGAAAUCUUUUUCACAGAUAAGUAAUUUGAAUAGGCAUUCACGUAUACAUACAGGAGAAAAGCCAUUCAAAUGUGAAAUUUGUUUAAAAACUUUUUCAGAUAGAAGUAAUUUGAAGAGACAUUUGCAAAGUCAUACGGGGGGAAAGCCAUUCAAAUGUGAUAUUUGUUCGAAACCAUUUUCACGGAAAAUCAAUUUGACGACACAUUUGUGUAGUCAUACAGGAGAAAACAUUUGCGAAAAUGUACAAGAGGAAAACCAACACGAUAAUACAGGAAAGGUUAUUAACAGAGAAAUGGAUAUCCAAAAUCUUGAAGAAGAAAUUGAUAUCCACGAUAAUUUUUUAUCAAGUAUCGAUAUAAAACAAGAAUUAAUUGACGAAGUACCUACAAUAAAAAUUCAAAAUAGAAAUGAACAAGUAAAUACAAUUCACUCAAUCAAACAAGAAAUCAACGAUGACUUGAAUACAACUGAGAUAUUUGAUAACAAUGUGGAUGUAACUAAUGAAACAACAAGGAACAUUUCGAGUACUCAAUUCAAACUAAACAAGCCGGGAUAUUCGAAAGCUACCCAUAGAAAGAAAAUUAAAUUAAAAGUUACAGGACUGAUGAAAGAUGGAAAAUAUUGGCAGCCAAAUUCUAUGGGGUUAAUGAUAUGUGUAUAUUGUGGGAAUUUAUAUACAAAACAAGAAGAAUUGUUAUACCACUUGGCAAUAAAUCAUUGUAUAAAAGGAAGCAAAUUUUCCAAAAUUAGAAAGCACCAUAAAAGUAAAAGUGAUACAUGUAUUAUGGAAAAUAUUGAUAUAAAAGAUGAAAUUGAAGUAGUUGAACAUGAACUCAAAGUGGAACUGCAGGAUACCACAAACCAGUUGGAUGUUACCGAUAAUUUAGAAUCAAUUCAAACUAAUUCAAAUAUGCAUUUACAUAGUUACACUACAACAAAACAAUUCAAAUGUGACAUUUGUAGCAAACCAUUCUCUUAUAAAAGUAAUUUAAAUAUACAUAUGCUUAGUCACAAGAGAGAAAAGCGAUUUAAGUGUGACAUUUGUUUGAAAACUUUUCCAUAUACAAGUUACUUGAAGACACAUUUGUGCAGCUGUACAGAAGAAAAGCCAUUCAAAUGUGAUAUUUGUUCUAAGACUUUUUCGCAGAGGAGUGGUUUGAAGAGACAUUUGAAAAGUCAUUCAGGAGAAAAGUCAUUUAAAUGUGAUAUUUGUUCUAAAACUUUUUCACAGUCAAGUGAUUUGAAGACACAUUUUCGUAGUCAUACAGGAGAAAAGCCAUUCAAAUGUGAAAUUUGUUUUAAAACUUUUUCACGUAUGAAUGGUUUGAAAAUACAUUCUUAUACUCAUUCAGGAGAAAAGCCAUUCAAAUGUGAUAUUUGUUUUAAAACCUUUUCACAGUCAAGUGAUUUGAAAAAACAUUUGCUUAACCAUACAGGAGAAAAGCCAUUCAAAUGUGAUAUUUGUUUAAAACCAUUUUCAAGGAAAAUUAGUUUGAAAACACAUUUGCAUAUCCAUACAGGAGAAAAACCUUUCAAAUGUGAAAUUUGUUUAAAAACUUUUUCAGAUAAAAGUAAUUUGAAGAGACAUUUGCGAAGUCAUACAGGAGAAAACUUUUGCAUAAAUUUACAGGAGAAAAACCAUUGA